AAAUAUAUGACUUGUAUCAAGAAAUGCCAAUGGAAAAUGAUAAACUUGAAUCUGCUGCUACAAUGACUUGUAAAGAAGAAACGAAUGAUGAUGACCUCCGGCUAAGACAAAUUUCUGAAAAUAUUUCUAAAGUAGAGUAUAUCUGA